AUGACUGAAGGGACUAUGCGUGACAUCAUCGAAUUGCCAACAUUCGCCCAUGAAAAAGCCCAGAGGAAUUUCUUCUACUUUGCCACAUCUUGCGGCUUUUUUUUGGACAAAGAAAAGGCCGAAGAUUCUAUGUUGUGGGCGCGAUGCGAGCAGGUGCACAUACACGCCAAGAACAGAUUUAAGCGGAUGAGGAAGUGUCAGAUUCGUUUUCCGGAUGCGAGUUUUGAUCCUUCUCCUCCUGGCAGCUGGCUGCCGAGCAGAUUCUUUGGAAGAUGCGGUAGUGGAGGCGAUCAAGACCGCCCACGACAAUCUGUCAUUGCGCGAGAAGGACGCUGCUACGAUCGAAGUUGGGUCAAAACGACAUGGAGCACGGACAGUUGCAUAAGCUAUUGCGCUCGAAGCGGUGCGGUGGAGACAGCGGUUGGAAUCGAGGUGGGACCAUGGCGAACUGCAGAGAUGGGUGGAUCGAGGAUCAUUACACGAUCACAACCACUACGCUCCACCGCGCCGCUUACGCAACUGUCCGUGCUCCAUGUCGUUUUAACCCAACUAGACCACUCGUCUCAAAUGGAACUCGUUACAAAAAAAAUCUUAAAAAUUGUCGUGGGGAAGUUCGGCAGUGGUGUGUUAGACGAACUAGCCAAUUUGGAUGUGGAUGAGCUUUUGGCGAGAGCUGGAGAAGCUCGAAAGAAACGUGGAGCCACAGGUUGUGGUCUUAAGCUUGUGGACUGCACCAGCGAGGACAGCAAUGUUUUUCGAUCAAUAACGGGGAAAUGCAACAAUCCGAUGAAUUCCACUUGGGGCGCUGCAGUAACCCCAGUACGUCGACUUUUGGGUAAAGCCAGCUAUGGAGACGGAUUCAAUACAAUCCGAACAAAGGGAGUAAAAGGUACUACGCUUCCCUCGACUCGUGAAGUUUCCAACAAACUUCAUCAGGAGGGAGCUAAUCCAACAUUUGACUACACAAGAAAUCAUUUCUACAUGCAAUUUGGACAAUGGAUCGCUCAUGACAUCAUUUUCAUGCCGUCUUCCGUCGGACCAACUGGAAAGGAUCUCAAUUGCACCUCGUGCGAUUCACCGCAAUUCAGUGAGAACUGCGCUCCAAUCCCUGCACCAGCAAAUGAUAGCUAUUUUAAACCAUUUAACAACGGAACUAGCAGAUGCAUCCGCCUGACACGUGCUCUGAACGCUCAAAAAGGACUUGGAGUCCGAACGCAGAUCAAUCAAAAUACUCAUUUCCUCGAUCUUUCCACUGUUUACGGUUCUGAGGAUUGUGAAGGAGCCUCAGUACGGUCUUUGAUUAACGGCGAGUUGAAGACGUUCAUCUACAAUGGUGAUGUUCUUCCACCACAAAAAAAGAAUGACAGUAACUGCCUUUCGAAAGAUCCAUUUUAUUGCUAUACUACUGGUGAUUUCCGCAAUUCGUUGCAUCCUGGGUUGGUACCGUUGCACGUCACUUACAUUAAGGAGCACAAUAGAAUUGCAGCUCAGUUCAAGAAGGCGAAUCCAGACUGGCCUGACCAGAGACUGUUUGAGGAGGCUCGUCGAGUGAACAUUGCUCAGUUCCAACAUCAUGUAUACGAUGAAUAUUUACCUCGAGUAGUCGGCGAAAAGUUGAUGACCGACUUCCGCUUGAAGCCGCUCAAGUCUGGAUUCUCGACAGAUUAUUCCCCGUCAGUGAACGCUGCUCUCUCGGCCGAAUUCGCUGCUGCUGCAUUCCGAUUUGGUCAUGGACAAGCACGAAAAGAUUUUCCAAGAGUCACCAACAAGAAUACCACUGCUGGUUCUUCUGUCGACCUCGGCAACAACAUUUUCUAUGUAGAUUCACAUUAUGCGCCAAAUCAAGGAGGAAUCGCGUCGUUCAUUGAAGGAAUGAUGCAACAUGCUGUCAUGAAAGCUGACAACGAAUUUUCCUUCCCUAUUCGCAACCAGCUGUUCGAAAUUCGAGGACGACCAGCUUCGGGAGUUGAUCUUGUUGCGGUGAAUAUUAUGCGUGGCAGAGACAUUGGAUUGUUCCCAUACAACGAGUACAGAACACUUGUGGGAUUGAAGAAGGCGAAUACCUUCGACGAUCUCAGGAGCGAAAUGGAUGCAACUAAUGUGGAGGCGCUGAAAAAGGUUUAUGCUGAUGUGAACGACAUUGAUCUUUACACUGGUAUAAUGCUGGAAAGGCCUAUGGUGGACACCGUGAUUGGUCCCACUGGAGGGUAUAUAAUUGCUGAACAGUUUGCCGCUCUUAAACGCGGUGACCGCUUCUUCUACGAAAACCAAGUGAGAGGAACCAGAGGAUUGAAACCAGAAGAAUUAGAUGCAGUAAGACGUUCUCAUCUAUCAAAAGUGAUCUGCAUGAACACAGUCGGCAUGGACAAUGUACCAGUAGACAUUUUCAGCCUCCAAUCUGAGCGAGUUCCGUGCAGUACUCUCCCAGAGGUUGAUAUUCGUUUCUUCAUUGGCCAACCACCCCCACCACCACCACCACCACCACCAGGAAAACCUCAGGGGAUAUAUAGCGGAGCAGCAAACGGCCCAAGUACUAUUUGCUGUGAUUUUCAAUUUGGAUUCAUUCCUUUUCAUGGACUUUUGGAACAGGAUGAAGUUGCUUACGAUAUGGUAACACUGAGCAAAAAGAGGACGGUGGUACGAAAUAUGCGUCUUCUUCUGCAGUUCAAGAAAGGAAAUACAAGAAUUAAUCGAGCUUGCUAA